CUGCUCCGUCAUGCACUAGGUAGCGUGUGAUGUAAUUUCGCUGCAGAUAUAAAUAUCGUCGGCAAGGAGAAAAGUAGCAUGGCUGAGCGGGGCUAGAACUGACCGUCAACAUUUUUUCCAACUUUCUGCGUGAAAAACGAAACGGCUCGAACGGCAGUCUGAAGCGUGGCGCCUCGAGAGGAAACCCACUGAGCGCGACUUCAUGCCGCUCACCAGGGUUGGCCGUAGCUCUGUCCGUGAGUAAGCCGUUCCGUGCGUCUUUUUGGCUGCCGACACAAAUACAGAGAAAGGCUGUGGCGUCUUCGACUCUUUCAGACGGCUCACUUACCGCUCAGAAGGAUGAGUGUCCAUUCUGCCCUGUUACCAAUACUGGUCUUAGGACUCAUGACAAGUUCGGCACGCUGCGCUCCGCUGCCCGGUGGGCAGAACGGACCCGUGGAGCGGCGCUGGGAGACCCUCUAUUCGCGCUCUCUAGCCAGAAUCCCGGGGGAAAAAAGAGAUAUCAGCCGGGACAGUGAUUAUCUCACGGGCAUUAAAAGACUGCGACGUCUCUACUGCAACGUCGGCAUCGGGUUUCAUCUCCAAGUAUUACCGGACGGUAGAAUUACCGGCGUGCACAACGAAAACCGUUACAGUCUUCUUGAGAUAUCUCCGGUAGAAAGGGGAGUUGUGACACUGUUCGGCGUCCGGAGCGGGCUAUUCGUGGCCAUGAACAGCAAAGGAAAGCUUUUCGGAUCUAUGCAGUUCACAGAUGAAUGCAAGUUCAGAGAAAAGCUCCUUGCUAAUAAUUACAACGCGUACGAAUCGCUGGCGCAUCCCGGGAUGUACAUCGGACUUAGCAAGACCGGCAAAACAAAAAAAGGAAAUCGAGUAUCGACAUCCAUGACGGUGACGCAUUUCUUGCCUAGAAUUUGAGCUCAUUUGGCGGGGCGGAGGAACGACGAUGCACUUUCUACAGAAGUUACAUGUGAGGUUAAGUGUAUCGUGUCAUGUAUGUAAAUAUUAGACUAUUUAUAUCUGUUGAUUUUAUAUUCAUCGCAACGUCCUCUUUCCGAGGUGGAAGACAACAAUUAAUUUAUUUGUUAUUUGUUAAUUUAUCCUCAUUGCUGCUACCACGUGUUCAUAUACAAGUGAAAUUCCUACAAUGUACUUUUUUUGUUUUUUUUUUUUUUGCACUGUUUGUGUUGUUCUAAAGCAACGGUUUUGGAGAGGUAGCCGGUGCGGACGCCAUGUUUGUUUUCUCGCGAGUGAAAACAAGGUUUCCGGUUUUCAGAGCAAAUGGCGCGCGCAGUCACCGGGAAGGUUUCGGAAAGACUCGUUUCAAUUUAGCGUCACCGUCGCUGAGAAUAACGCUGUCCGCCUCAGCCCGGCGUUUUCAAUCACGCAAAAUUAAAUAUGGCGUCUGCGCGGACUAAGGUCCAUUUGUCCUUCGUUGGAAAGAAUAUGUAAGUCUUAGGUCAGGCCUCCUAUCGUUAAGGUGUAUCAACCCCCAUAGUAUUAGCACUGGAGCAAUUGUCCAAUGUCUGAGCUCCUUUGUGCGGAGCUCGGAUCCAACUGAAGCAGUAUCGGCUUACUCUAGCUUACUGAAGUUCUACCCCUUCAAAUCUGUUUUUAGCUCUGCCGGGGGGUUGAACUUUGAACUUAUCCGCAGUCAAUCUUUGUCACAUCUCUAAGGCUCUGGAUAGAGAGAGGUAGCUUCUUCAACAUACAGACACGAAUUAAAAAAAAAUCGAAGGAAUCGCCAUGCAGAUACCGUACCCCCGAGCCCCUUUAAAGAGACACGCCGCACAAGGCCAAGCUCAAGCCUUUGCCGGGCGCCCGGCGGGAAAUCGGUCACGUUAAAGAUCAGUAUUUUUCUACGGCGGUAACGCAGAAAACAAAGACACGACAGUGUCGCGUGCAAGUGAACGAAGAGUUAAAGCAAAAACAACUUCCACAGUGAGUUACGAGGAGGCGUGUUGCCCGCUUUUUCUGUCGUUUUCUACCUCAUGCAGUUUCCAGCUGACAGUUUCCUACUUUGAAAAUCAGCUGACGUAGAAUGUUUAGUUCUAAGUUGCUCUUCUGAGGCUUCUCUGUGAAGUUCUGGCGGCCAUCGCGUCCUAGUUGCGCCUUGUCACGUUUGAGCUAUCUUUACCCUGUGAUUUACUUUUAGAAAGGAUAAUCAUGUUGGAAAUAUUUGCAGACAGCUGUUAGACUAUACUAUAUGCUCAACCAGUAACCCUAUAUUUUUCUUUAUAUAUUUUGUAAAUGCAAUAUGGUGCAAAACCGAGAAGCUGCUUUUAACGCGGUAUGUGAUGUUAGCAAAAUAAACGUUAAGAUAUGAUGCAUUCAUGCAGGGAUAAACAAGCUUUCCGUAUACUGAAACUUUAAAAACACAUAUUCGAGAGAUUAUCUUUAAAAAGCAUUCCUUGUUUUCAUCGAAAUGGCCUGCAAGUACACUUCAUUGAAAGAAACUAUAAACGCACCCUGAACUGAUAAACGGAUGGGCUUCGAGACGCUUUGAAGAAAGCGUCAAGGGACAAUUUUGAAGACGGCCGUGACCUCAAAAUUGACCCGUGUACACAUUCGCGUGGUUUUAUUUAGCGUAAGCCGUGGUAUUUCAGUUUGUAACAUUUUCAACAUUUUCCGUUUGUACCUUGCCUGGAUGUGCACGUCAAUUAGUUUGACCUGAUGACUCUGAGCUACCUGAGCUAAUGCUGGAGGAGGGAGGGUUGUCCACGUUUCUCUUUUACGCAGCUGCGCCAAACCUCUUUCCAAAUGGACAUGAUUUGCAUCGGUGUGGAUGUUGUUUACAAUAGACCGAAUGGCCACUGAAGGCAAAUCGUCCCUCUGACCCUCAUUACGAUGUAGAAGGCAUCGGUCUUGAUUUGUUUAAAAAAAAAAAAAAGAAGCAAUAUCAACAGGCAUGACCUAGUAGCCCGAGAUUAGUGAAAACAGUCUUUCAAUGCGACGUUUUUCGUUUUUAAAUGUGUUUAUGAACAGGGAUGUAUGUGGUGUAUUAAAAUAAACCAUUUUUUGUUCGCAUCCACGGCAGAGCUCUGGUGAACGGACUAGACGUCUGAGUCCUGUAGUAGUGCGCUCUGAAUCCUGUUUUACCAAAUAUCGUCUGUAGUUUUAUACAGGUCUUGUUAAAUAUCGUGAUGUAUGUGCUGUGCACAUGAUGAUACCCUAACUUAAAUGGAAGUUAAUAAAUACGUAAAUCAUACCGGUC